GCCCCAGGUCGCGGCUCGCGAACGCGGCGCGCCAUCUACGUCCACCCCCUGCGCCGCGCGCAUCUCUCCGUCUCCCGACGUCUCGGCUCGGGCGGCCGCGCACAGACAGAGCCACCUCACCCCACCACUUCGCCCUCCUCCACUCCCCGCUCCCUCCCCGACACCCAAGGCCCGCCACGAAAGCGAGCGAGCGCGCGCGCGCGGUGAUGGCGGACUUGUCGUCGGCGUCGCCGCUGCUGCGGCCGCAGCAGCCUCCGGGCGGGAAGCCCUCCCCCGCGGCGGCGCGGUUCGCGCGUUGCUCCUCGCACGCGCGCGACGAGCUCCGCAGCUUCCGCGCCUGCCUCGCCUGGCUCUGCAUCGACCACUCCUCCUCCCCGCGCCUGGCCGCCGCGGGCUCCUGGGCGGUCUUCCUCCUCCUCGCCGUCGCCGCGCCCGCCGCCGCGCUCCUCCUCUCCGGCCCCGACGGCGGCCGGCCCUACGACGGGCAGGUCCAGGUCUCCCUCACCCUGGCCGCGACGCUCGCCUACGUCUCCCUCCGCGCGCUCCUCCGCCGCUCGGGGGGCCUGCGCCGCCUCCUCUACCUCGACAGCCUCCGCCGCGACUCCGAGGACGUGCAGGUGGGGUACGCCGCGCAGCUCGCGCGCUCCUUCCGCGUCCUCGCCUGCUUCGUGCUCCCCUGCGCGCUCGCCGAGGCCGCCUACAAGGCCUACUGGUACUACUGCGCCGCCGCCCCCACCACCGCUGCCGGGCCGCCGCUCCGGUCCCCGUGGUGGGCCGCCGCGGCGUGCGCGCUCGAGGUCGCCUCCUGGGUGUACCGCGUCGCGCUCUUCUUCAUGGUCUGCGUGCUCUUCCGCGUCAUCUGCUACCUGCAGAUCCUGCGGAUGGUGGGCUUCGCGCGCGAGUUCGGCAGGUUCGCCGACGUCGGCACCGUGCUGCAGCACCACCGCCGGAUCAGGGAGCAGCUCAGGAAGAUCAGCCACCGCUACCGCAAGUUCAUCGUCUGCAGCCUCGUGCUCGUCUCCGCCACCCAGUUCGCCGCGCUGCUCGCCGCCACCAGGCCGCACUCCGUCGUCAACCUCGCCACCGCCGGCGAGCUCGCGCUGUCCUCGAUCAGCCUGGUGGCGGGGCUGCUGGUGUGCCUGCACAGCGCGGCGAAGAUCACGCACAAGACGCAGGCGAUGACGAGCGUGGCGGCGGCGUGGCACGCGGACGCCACGGUGCAAGCCUUCGACAACGACCUGGAGAACCCGGACCGGGACCCGGACCUACCCCCCACCGCCGGCUACCUGGCGCCCGCCAACGCCUACCGCGUCGCCGCCGGCGAGGAGUCCGGCAGCGACGACGACGACGACUGCGGCAGCGAGACCUCCUCCCUCGACGACCCCAAGUACGUCCCCUUCCAGGCCAACAACAUCUGCUUCCAGAAGAGGCAGGCGCUCGUGACGUACCUGGAGAACAACCGGGCGGGGAUCACGGUGUACGGCUUCGUGGUGGACCGGGCGUGGCUGCACGCGCUCUUCAUGAUCGAGUUCUCGCUCGUCAUGUGGCUGCUCGGCAAGACGGUUGGCAUCUCCUGAUGCAGAGCUUCCACCUCCCUCUCCUUUUCCCUCCCGUGCCCCCCCAUCCCUGAUGCAGAGCUUCACUUCGCAUACCAGACCAGUUUGUACAAAUUAUCGAGUGCAGAUAGUGCAGUGCUUUUGUUUCGAUCCAUCCGUAGUAUUGUAGAUGAUUCUUCUUACUUUUGGCCGUUUCUUUCUAGAGGGCAGAAAUUCUGAUGGUUGUGCAGUGUAGAUUCAUUUGAUUUGACGAUGAUGAUAGUCAGGAUGUUAGCUGCCCAGGUUGAUUUGUUGAUUACCAUAUACUCAACAGUUCAUAAGCCGUAUUUUAGUAUCAAGAAAGUCUUUCAACAACA